AUGACUCGGACGGCAGUUUUUCUGCAGAAGGCGUGUCUUCAGCACCGUUACAUACGAUCGCGAGACAGUUCAAACAUCGUCGAACGGCCGGAACGACUCCGCGCCAUCAACAUUGGUCUUGCCGCGGCCAUCGCGCGGUUAGAGGAGCAUCCGUGCGAGACUGUGUCUCGCGGCCCCUCCAAGCAAGAACAGGACGCGGACGAGCUAUCCGAAGCCUUUGGGGAACUCCAGCUUACCACGGCAUCGCGCGCUGAUUCACUUUCACUUUCUCGUGUCCCAAUAUCGGUCGUCCAAAGCGAAGCGUCUGUUGAUAUUCUGAGCCAUGCGGCCGUCAAGUUCGUUCAUGGAGAUAUAGAGCGUGAUGUAUAUCUCCAGAAUCUGAAGCGUUGGGCUCUCGAGAGCCGGGACAAGGUGAACAAAGGCGAAAGCGAGAUACCCGAAGGUUACUCACAAGGCGACCUCUAUCUCUGCCCUGGUUCAUUUGAUGCCAUUCGAGGCUCCCUUGGAACCAUCUGUGAAGCAGUCGACACUAUUGUCGGGACUUCCCAAUCGACCUUGGGAAGCUCAGAUGGAGCUAACAAACCAUCUCGAGCAUUUGUGGCAGUCCGUCCUCCAGGGCACCAUUGUGGGGAGAACACACCCUCUGGUUUCUGUUUUGUGAACAAUGUGGCAGUCGGUGCCGCACAUGCGCACCUUCGACACAAUAUCAAUCGCGUCGUAAUCCUUGAUAUUGAUCUACAUCAUGGAAACGGAACGCAAUCUAUCGCUUGGCAGAUCAACGAAGAGACAUACCGUCGACGACUCGAGGUGGAGGGUGGCGCCCCCCUAGGAAAGCCAGGUCUACAAAUUUACUAUGGCAGCAUACACGAUAUCUUAUCGUAUCCUUGCGAGGACGGUAAACCUGAGUUGGUUCAAGCUGCUUCCAUCUCUAUUCACGGCCCUCACGGUCAGCACAUUGAGAACGUCCACUUACGGCCGUAUACCUCUGCGCAAGACUUCUGGGAUAAUCUGUACACGGGCCCAUACUCGCGUCUUAUCAAGAAGGCGGGCGAGUUUAUCGACAACACUGGCGGAGCUGGAGAGGACGUUUUGGUCUUCAUCAGCUGUGGCUUCGAUGCAUGCGAACACGAGUUUGCUUCCAUGUCGCGGCACCAGCGCAAGGUCCCAGUUUCGUUCUAUCACCGCUUCGCGCGCGAUGUCGGCGCAUUCGCGGAGCGAUAUGCCAAAGGACGGCUGAUCAGUGUUCUCGAAGGAGGGUACAGCGACCGCGCCCUAACGAGCGGCGCUAUGGCGCAUCUCGCCGGCCUGGUCGAUAACGGCGAUAGCGGCGUCGACGAAAGCUGGUGGAACCUCGAGAAUCUUGUUGCUCUCGAAGCCGCUACCAAGAAACGACGACGCGGCCGCGCGUCCCCAACCGGACCAUCUCCACCAUGGCUGGCGCGCGCCCUCGAACUCUUCACUUCGAUCGACUCCUCACACACGCUCGGGCCCCUGCCUCGCGCGCCCGUUCCCGCUUCGGACAGAACUCUGCGCGAACGCAAGCCGGGAAGCAGCAGUGGGCGACCAAGUCCCGCCACGUCCCCAGGGAGGAAGUCCGCCUCCGCGAAGUCCGGAGCAGCACGACGCCGGCUGAAUGCGGCAGCGACCUCCGCCUCGUCCGCGUCGGACGAGAGCGACUUGACGGACGUUUCAAACGGGCCUGCGUCCGAGAAGGAAGCGGAGGGCGAGCCGGCGGCACCGAAGAAGUUGCCGCGGGUGAUACUCAAACUGGGACCCGCACCCCCAACCUGAGGGCACAAGGUAUAUACCGAAGGUAGGCUUCGCAGUUCUAUCUGACGACUGGUUACGGCAUGAGACAUGGGUCCUGCUCGUUCCUGCUUCUGCUACGAUGCAGUGUUGUCUUGUUUCUGUUCGCGUCGUUUCGUUUCGCGGUCACGAUAUCAUGAAUAGUAGUCAACAAUAUGAAACUGUGUAUGCAUACUAUAGGUGUACGAUGUAAUCGGACUUGCUCUUUCGGGAGGAGUAAAGCUUGCCUUGCCUAGGACGGACUGUAGACAAGC